AUGCCCAAAGCUGCCCCUAUUGACUUCAAGUCGAGCUUAAUCGCAACUGAACUGAUCUUUGAUCACUCGGGCUGCCCGGGCGUACGCCAUCGCAAGGCCAACACCUGGGGUGGUGAAAUGGUGCGAGUGAUUCUACUCUUGAGCUUGCUGGUUGCUGCCGCUUGCUGCAGCUCUGCAAACGACGGCGCGGAAUCAUGGCUUCUGGCUGGAGGCAACCGCGCCGUGCCUGACUGCGUGACUCGACAUGCCCCUUUGGUGUGGUUACACUCUGAGGAUCCUUUUCGACCAUCAGACUUGCUUCAACAUGUCCACCACACAAGGCCAACAGUUGACCAAAGUCCCAUUGCCGGCCUGCCUAAGCUGAGCCUGGAUAACCUCGAGACGCUCAACCGUGUCAAGACCGGCCAAGUCGCCCUCACCUCAAAGGACGACGUCACCACGCUGCCGGCCUGGAUCUUGGGAAAGGUGCCGGAUGAGUCGGGACGCACUGUCAAUGCUACGCCCUGCGUGGUCGUUGCCGUUGAGCGAGGGCCGCAGGACCUGGACGCCUUUUACUUUUACUUUUACUCCUAUAAUAGGGGCGCCAACCUGACGCAGGUAAUGGAGCCUGUAAACCGUCUUAUUCAGGAUGUGGAACAUGGCAUGCACUUUGGAGACCACGUGGGCGAUUGGGAGCAUAACAUGAUCCGUUUUCGCGACGGUCAACCCACGGGCAUCUACUAUAGUCAGCAUUCGGGUGGCGCCGCAUAUGGCUGGCACGACGAGGGAAUCUCGUUGGAGGAUGAGCGGCCUGUAGUCUUUAGCGCAUACGGCUCACACGCAAACUAUCCUUCACCAGGCAACCACAUCCACGAUGAAGCGCUGAUAGACUACUGCGAUGCUGGCAAGCUGUGGGACCCCGUGCUCUCAGCCUACUUUUACCACUACCACCCGGCCACGUCAACCUUUACACGGCUGCUGCCAGCUGGCUCUGCCGUUCCGCCAACAGGCAACCUCGGCUCGUUUCUGCACUACACGGGCCUCUGGGGCGACGCCCGCUAUCCCGACGACCACCCUCUGCAAAGGACGGUUCCGCUCUUUGGCCUCAAGCGCUUCGUCUCCGGGCCUCUGGGACCCAUGGCCAAGCAGCUCGUUCGCGGGGGGCUUUCCCCGGACAGCCGCGGAAGCAAGUCAUGGACGCAGCGGCUUGUCGGCAUUCUCAUGUCGUGGUACCCAUGCUGCUUGCGAGGAUGGAGGAAGUGGCUGUCGGGAGCCGUCGUGGCCGCGCUGCUCGUGCUCUCCAUGAUGGGUCUGGGACACGGCGUCAAGAGGUACCGGGCUAGAAAGGGCUACAAGAAGAUAGAGGCAGAUAUCCCGCUGGGGGAUAUCGAUCCUCCGGGGCGUGUUGCUUGGCGUGGCGACGGAGAAGCUUAG